UGAGGAAAAUCGAAGACAGCCUGAGGCUCAGUCGCCUAGCGAUCACCUACUAGAUCACAUUCAUCGCACAAAUACUGGUUGAGAUAUUUAUUUUGCGCACCGCGAGUGUAAAUUCUUGUAUUUAAAGUGGGCUUUAGUGGCCAGAGCCGCGCAGUGAAAGUAAUUAUAUUUUCGAUCUAUUUUCCGCCUGCAUAUGAAUUUUAUUGCAUCGCUCAGACUCUCGUUUUCGCUGUGAGAUUGCAAAAGUGGAAAAUGACGGAAGAGAAGGAGAAUCUUCGCACAUUCUUCUGUGAUACUCUUAUGCAAGAAAGCUGCCAGCGCGACGAUCCUGUCCAGCAUCUCUUCGCCAAGCAGCUGUUCAUUCAGAGUCCAGGAGCGGAGGAAAGGCAAAACCUUCCCAGCAAAUACAGUGGCUUAUCCCAAAUACUGCCCUCGCUGUACUUGUGUGGUGCUGGAGCAGUUCGUCCGGAAACCAUCUCAAGCCUCAGAAUCACCUUGAUAGUGAAUGUAGCGCCUGAACUGCCGGACACGCCCUUGCCAGAGAAUCCACCUGCCUACAUGCGAGUGUCCAUCUUGGACAAGGGCGACAAUGAUAUCAGGAGUCACUUCGAAGCGGUGACUUCGCGGAUCGAAGAGGAGAGACUGAACGGAGGCGUGACUCUCGUGCAUUGCGUGGCCGGGGUCAGCAGGUCAACCUCCUUUUGCCUCGCAUACUUGAUGAGGUACUUUGGGAUGCCCUUGAGGGACGCCUUCCUCUACGUGAAAUCCACGAGGCCGCAGAUUCGGCCAAACGUUGGCUUCUUCAGGCAGCUGAUAGCGUACGAGGAGGAAGUCCUCGAACUCUCCACAGUGUCCAUGAUCUUCAUUGAGGCCAUCGGACAGGAGGUCCCGGACGUCUACGCACCUCAGUAUCAGGCCAUGGAGGAGUUCUACAGGAAACACAGAAAGCACGCGAGAAGGAGAGAUUGACAAGGCAAAAGAGCAAGACAUUUCAAGGCCAUAAUUAAGAAGUGAUAGAGAAUAAAAUAAUUUUAAAGUAAAAAGAAA